AAGAUCCAAUCGGAAGACUAAACAACCAAGAAAGAACGGUUACUAAAGAACCCAUGUUCGGUUGUGAGUCGCUCCUCCUCUCGUGCUCUUUGUGGUCGAGGCUACUUUUGUGCGUGCGGCCGGUUUUUAAAGGAAUAUUCACAGACCUUCACGAUGCAGGGAAACAGAGGAGGACGUCCCGAUCAGCACAACCACGGCCCGGCCAGGCAGCAGCCGAACCUGCAGCACGACAGGAAGACUCCAGGAACGGACAGCAACGGGCAGCACACGGACGGCGGAGAGCAGCCCAGCCCGAAUGCCGGACUAACCAUUGACCUGACAAGCUUUAAGAAGCCCGGGGAGAAGACGUACACGCAGCGCAGCCGGCUGUUCGUGGGGAACCUGCCGGCCGGCACCUCUGAAGAGGAAGUCGAGAAGCUCUUCUCCAAAUAUGGCAAACCCUCUGAGAUCUUCAUCAACAAGGACCGAGGCUUUGGGUUCAUCCGCCUGGAAACCAAGACCCUCGCGGACAUCGCCAAAGCCGAGCUGGACGACACGAUGUUCCGUGGCCGUCAGAUCCGCGUCCGCUUCGCCACUCACGGUGCCGCGCUCGCGGUGAAGAACCUGCCGCAGUUCGUAUCCAACGAGCUGCUGGAGGAGGCCUUCUCCAUGUUCGGCCCAAUCGAACGCGCCAUCGUGAUCGUGGAUGACCGCGGCCGACCCACGGGGAAGGGCAUCGUGGAGUUUGCCAACAAGCCGUCAGCCCGGAAAGCCCUGGACCGCUGCUCUGACGGAGCUUUCCUCCUCACCUCGUUUCCUCGGCCUGUGACCGUGGAGCCGAUGGAGCAGCUGGAUGAAGACGAAGGACUUCCAGAGAGACUCGUCAGCAAAAACCCACAGUUUCAUAAGGAGCGUGAGCAGCUUCCGCGCUUCGCUCAGCCCGGCUCGUUCGAGUAUGAGUACGCCAUGCGCUGGAAGGCUCUGAUGGAGAUGGAGAAGCAGCAGUUUGAGCAGGUGGACAGGAACAUCAAGGAGGCGCAGGAGAAACUGGAGCAGGAGAUGGAGGCGGCCAGACACGAGCACCAGGUCAUGCUCAUGAGGCAGGAUCUGUUGAGGAGGCAGGAGGAGCUGAGGCGUAUGGAGGAGGCGCACAACCAGGAGGUGCAGAAGAGGAAGCAGAUGGAGCUGCGUCAGGAGGAGGAGCGGCGCCGCAGGGACGAGGAGCUCAGGGCUCACACAGAGGAGCUGAUGAGGAGACAACAAGGCACUGGACAAAACUUUGCUGAAAAGCAGAGGGAGCAGGACAUGAGGAUGCACAUGGGAGGUCAAGGCCUUCCCAUGAACAGGACCUCAAUGGGUGGAAACCCCACCCCAGGAGGAGCUCCCAACAUGGCUGCUAAUGAGGGUGCUGGAGGAAAUGCCGGUGGACUUCCUCUGCCGUUCCCACGUCCUGGACCGCCUGUCGACUACAAACGGCGCCGAUUCUGAGAGCCCAGGCCACACUCGUCUUUCAGUGUCUUUGUUUUUUUUUGCCAUUUAUUUUUUACAUAUACAUACUGUACAA